AGAACACUACCGCGAAAAUGGCGACCACGUUACGAGCGGCAUGAUGUUGUGAAAUUUAAUAGAUUCCGUCAUGGAGUUUGGAUCACAGAAUUUAUCCUUUGGGGACUUUAGCAACCUGAGUGAUGAGGAGCAUGAUAAAGUGUUUGCAAUCCUUCAUCGCUCUCGAGGAGCUAGGGAUAGAAAAGUUGAGUUCCCUUGGGAUAAUGUUGAUGUGCAGAUGAGAGAGCUGGUCAAACAGGCUGACCAUGAGCAUCUCAGUGGUCCAACACUCGCUGAAAGACACGAACAAAGCUUUACAGUCACAGGCUCUAUACAGAACUCUGGCCCUGAUACAGCCACUACUGUGGAGGGCUUCACUAUACCCAGUCAGAUUAAUGAACAGGUGGUUCUUCAGGGUAAACCAGCGACCGAUGUUCACCCAAACAGUGAUACCCGCGUGGACUUGACAAGGUACGGUCCAGCAGUGUCCAACCAGGCGGGUGGUGUCACGAGGACCUUUCAACACAGUUCCUCCCCUUCAGGUUACAGUGUGGCCCAUCAUGACAGAUCGGACGAUUCCUCAUCGGGGAGUGCUCGUGGUUCUACAGACCGCAGCCGGGAAGUUACGCCCACAGACGGUAACGAGCUCUACUCUGAGAACGGAGGCAGUUUUGAUGGGAAACAGCGCGGGACUGGCAGGCUGUUAGCAAGUAUGAAGACUUAUGAGAGACGCAAUAAAAAGAAACGUACUCCUGGAUACUAUGAAAAGAUUGCCGCACAAGAGGAAGCAUUCACUGGAAGCCCAGUCAGCUACAGGCCAGAAGAAUUAAAUUACAUGCUACACAACAAAGACAAUUCUGGCUACCAUAAGGCACUGCCUCCAAUGGUGGCGCCGCCUACAUCACAUCAACCACAAGUGCUUUCCUCCCCUGUGAUGCUGCCAGCGGGUGGAUUCACUGGACUCCGAGGGGGUAUGGUACCAAUGUUUUCUGUGCCUCCAGGUUAUCCCAUGUCACCAUUUCAAGGGGGUGUAUCUAUGCCGAUGCAUCCUCCAGGUGUUCCCCUGCUGGCCAGCCAUAUGCAACAACAACAUGGAUUGUUGACAAUGCCACCCCCACCAGCCCACAUGACUUCGCCCGUCAACCAGCACCAACAUGGCAUUCCUAUGGAAAUGACCCCUACAUACCAGAGGAACCCGGUGGACACCCGGCCUCCUCCCAUAGUCAGUCAGGAUGUGCGGCAACAUCCUCCGGGGUUCGGAAUGCCUGAGCGGUCUCCCCAGCGGCAGAUCAUGCCGCAGGUUGCGAAAACUGAAACGCAUUACAUGAGGCGGCCGUCCCCAACUGAAAAGAUUCAGCCCAAACCUCAAGAUUCAAGUCAGCAUAGGCAUGUAGAGUCCAGCCAACGGCGGCCACGUAACUCUCCUCCCAUUCAGUUUGGAGAGGUUAUAUACGAGGACAGCUCUCUUACGGGAUGUGCUAAAGACAAUAAUAUUGUAAAAGUGAAUAAAGAUGUGAAAUAUGUGCAUGUACUAGACGGUAAGACAGAACCUAGUGUGUCACAGGAUUCAAGGAUUACCUCCCCUUGUAGGACUUCAGAACCCUCUGGUCAAAAUGAAUUUAUCAGUGGCAAACAAGUUACUGUGACAAACUCUUGUAGUACUGAACCAAAUGAUAUCAGUGCUAAUAAGAAAGUGGCCAAAGCUGCAGAUUCUCCUUCAAAAAAAGACCCACAGGAAGCUGCAUGUAUAUCAGAGCCAGGCGUGCAUAUAUCUAAGCCAGAAGGCCAUGUUAAGUCCGUAGAAGCUGAGGCUUCUGACAAGUCCAAACCUCUAGAUAAAGUAGAGAAUCUUACAAUAUCAGAUGAUAUCAAAAAGCCUGACAAUACAGAGACGAUUGACAAAUCAGUUGACUGUCGGUCUGAUGAGGUUAUAAAUGAUAAGAGAAAAGACUCUGAUGCCAGUUCCGAUGCCUUGACUGUUUCGUCUGCGGCUAGUGUCCCUGCACAAGCCCCUAAGCCACAGGUGUCCUGGGCAGGGCUGUUUAAGGGCACAUCAAACCAAGCUGCUGCUGCAAGCCCUGCUGCUACUGGUGCUAUCAACAAUAGUCCUGUGGUGGUCAACCACACCCCCAGUCCCCAGGAGGAUGUUAAAACUCCUGUUCCUGCCUCCGAGGACAGUGCUGCCAAACAGUUGGGGGAACUCCUGGAUAAGUAUCAGACAUCGUUUGAAGCAAGUCCUCUCCAGCCCCGUGGCUUGACAAAUCGGGGCAACUGGUGCUAUGUCAAUGCUAUUCUUCAAGCCCUGCUGGCCUGCCCUGCUUUAAACCAUUUGCUUCAGAAGCUGCCAAACUUCCCUGCCCUGACGCGUGGACCCAGCUCUACCCCCAUCUUGGAUAGCCUUGUCGAGUUUGUGAAUGAGUUCUACCCAAUGCAGUUAAAGCCAGUGGAGAAAAUUGAGAAAGGUAAAAAGAAGGUUAUUGUACAAGAGCUUAUUCCUGGCCCAGCAUUUGAACCAGCCAAUGUGUACAAGAUGCUGCAAGUUAUGGAGUCCAGCUCCUCAUUCAAGGGAGGUAAACAAGAAGAUGCCGAGGAAUUCCUCAGCUUUGUCCUAAAUGGACUUCAUGAAGAGAUGGCUGCUGCCAUCAAACAGGUGGCUCAAGUCAACAGUGUCAAUGAUCUUCAUCAAGAGGCAGAGCCUGAGGUUGCUAAUGGUUACCUGGAGACUGAUGGUCAGAGCGCUGAUGGUGAGGAGGAAGAUCAGUGGGAACAAGUCGGCCCACGGAAUAAAAGCGUUUUUACUCGUAAGGCUAACUUUGCCAAGACUCCCGUUUCUGACAUUUUUGCCGGCCAGAUCCGCUCGGCCGUCUUCCAGGCAGGAUCGCGGGAGUCAGCCAUGUUGGAACCCUUCUUCACUCUUCAGCUGGAUAUCCAGUCGGAGAAAGUGUACACAGUGAAGGAGGCUCUUGAGGGUUUGGUCAGUAAGGAGUCUGUACAGGGAUUUACCUGCUCCAAAACAAAGACACAGGUGGAAGUGACUCGCAGAACUACCCUUGAGGAACUACCCCCUGUUCUUAUUCUACAUCUCAAGUUCUUUAUUUACGACAAAAGCGGAGGCUGUCAGAAACUUCUGAAGAAGAUAGACUAUGCAACUGACCUUGAAAUCAACAGAGAUUUACUGUCCCCCAACGUGCGUUCAAAGCUGCCGGCAAGUCAAAGAAAUUACAAACUGUUUGCAGUUGUUUAUCAUCAUGGGAAGAACGUUACAGGUGGCCAUUACACAACAGAUGUCUACCAUACUGGGAUCAACAGCUGGAUUCACAUGGAUGAUAGUAAUGUUAAACAAGUCAAUCUACAACAAGUGCUCAAGUUUGUUUCUCCUCGCGUUCCUUAUCUGUUGUACUAUCGGCGUAUGGAUCUUGUGUAAGGCUACCUUGCCUACCCUGCUUUCAAAGGGGAAUAACCCUAAUGACAAGAGCAGACAACUCUAAGACUUUGUGAUUGGGCAUAGAGUGUGGCUGUGUGAUAUGCAAAAUUGACAUCGUAGUGAAAGAGUUAGUUUUUUUUUUUUCACUAUAUUUAUAUGUAUGUACAUAGUGUUGUACAUGUAAAAAUAUUAUUUGGUGACGAGUUGUGCUUAAAGAAACCUGUGUAAAUAAUUGCCCAAAAUCAAGCCAUGCAAAUUAAAGGUUUUGGGUGAUCGAAUUUAGAAAAUUGUUUCUACCAAACAGUUUUCAUUUGACGUUAAAUCAUUCAGCGUGAAAACACGCCAAAUGUGAAAGAAAAACUCGUGAAAGAAAAAAACUGGGCAGUGUUCAUAACAAACAGCUGUUUUUCUUGACAAUGUGUGUAAACCAAAAUGUACAUAUUUGGUUUUCAUGUACAAAUUGCCUCUGAGUGAAUCUGCCAUGUACCAUUGCAAGAUGUUGUAUAAACACGGUGUGUUUUUCCAUUUUUGAUGUUAUGUAGCCUCGUCACAUCUUCAUUUGAAAUUGAUAGCCAUUUUAUACUUUUACAUCUCAUCCUUUGGCAUAUGAGGUGACUGGUGACUGGUUCAAAUCUAUUUCCCCCCACAUUGUUAAGAAACCUUAAACAUAGAACCCAUAAACCUGACUGUUGUUAAGUAAAUGAAAGAUUCUUGAGUAUGGCGUUUGAAACAAAUCCGACAAAUAUUAUUGGAUGUAAUAAUAUUCCCAUUGGACGUUGAAUCGUAUUCAUCAGAUUGUUGUCAAACAAUACAGCUGAUGAUUUGAUUAUACAACAUAGCUGCUUUCAUACAUGUACAAAUGCCAUCUCAUUCAUUGCUUAGCGAUUAGUGAAAUAUGUGGACUAAUAUAUGAACUUGGAGCAGAGGUAUGUAAUGUGCAUUGUAUUAACAGCAUUACCCAACCAAGAAGACCCAAUUCUAAAGGCAUUCAAAAGGAGCAGGGUGCUAUUG